AAGUUAAAAAUCUCUCUCCUCUCAAAAACCACUCCUUAUCUAUACCAUACUCUCAUUCAACACACACCUAACAAGACAGGCAAAAUUAUGGCUUCUACUUGUGCAGUUUCCAUGGCAAUGCCACUGAGUCAGAAGAGACAACCAGCAAGUGUUGAGGCUUUCUUGAAGCCAUUGCCAGUUAGGCCCUCAAAGACUACUACUGCAGCAACAAAACCAGUAGCAAAGUUUCAAGUCAAGGCUUCACUUAAGGAGAAAGCUUUGACAGGAUUGACAGCAGCUGCACUGACUGCUUCCAUGGUCAUUCCCGACGCAGCCGAAGCAGCUGAAGGUGUUUCACCAUCCCUCAACAACUUUUUGCUCAGCAUUAUUGCAGGUGGAGUUGUGCUUGCUGCAAUUCUUGGCGCAAUAAUUGGUGUCUCCAAUUUCGAUCCUGUCAAGCGGACUUAAGAAGCAUAAUUCUUAUAUCUCUCGAUUUUCUUCUUGUAAUCUCUCUCAUGUUUCCAGUGAACAUCUAUAAAAUGUUUACCAAUCAA